UACUGUUGAUAUGUUUUAUUUAUUCAUAUCAAAUUGUAUACAAACAAUAUGAAAUAUUGUUUGAGAAGCAGUGGCCCCUCCCUGCUCUGAGGCCACUGCAGCAAGCUCUUAUCAUAGUGGACCUCCAAAAUUAUUUGCUUUAUUUAUCAAACCAGGAGAAAAAAAGACAAGUUGCCAAUUCACAGUUUUGUUUUACGCUUCCUUAUAGUAUUAUUUUUAUAGAAUAUUCAGAUUUGUGCACCUUUAUCUUAGUGAGUUCACUUUGAUACACAUGAAAUAUUGAUAAUGACUUUUUAAUUAAUAUUGAGAUAGGAAAUAUUUAAUAUUAUAUCAAUGAAAGAAUAAAGGCAAGUUUUAAUGGUCAGGUGGUAGUUGGGCAGCUGGAAUAAGGAGGGAUAGGACAUCUCAUGAAACAUAACAAAAAAGAUUCUUUAAUAAAAAAAAAUAAUAAUUCCAAAUCCAUGAAAACAGAAAAACUCUUAGAAUUUGGGAAACCACGUGGAACAAGAGACAUGACAAAAAACAAAGAACUGACGAGGGAACAAGUGAAGUGAACUGGUAUAUAUAGGGAGAAACUAUUGAAUGAGGUGGAAAUAUUGACAAGGAGGUUCAGGUGAGGGGAAUGAAGUGAUUGCAGCUGGGAGUGGCAGGAUCUGUGAAGUGAGGGAAAAGUCGAAAGACAUCUUUUGGAUGGGGAGAAUAAAACAAGGAACGAAAUAAAGAAAGACAGAACAUGACAGUUAAACUAUCAAAUAAGCACAUAGGCUAUUAAUUACUGUUCCUGCAGCUCUCUGGGGCAACCAGAGGUGGGGAGAGCCAUGUGCGUGGUGUGUUGAGACGACAAAAAAGGAACUGGAUUAUCCCAGCUCAAAAACUCAGAGAAAAUAUGGACUACACGGAUAGACUAUAUGUGGCCAAGAUAAGGUCCGACAUGGAUGGCACCAUGUACUACACUCUGUUGGGCCACGGUGCCAGUGAGGAGCCCUAUAAUCUGUUUGUUGUGGAAGAAACCACCGGGCAGGUCCGCAUCUUUGACGUUCUCGACAGAGAGGAAAGAGCUUCUUACAUUCUCACUGGAGUGGCCCGAUUCCGCAACGGGACAGUGGCCGAGAGGAUCGAGCUGAUGAUUGAGGUGGAGGAUGAGAAUGACAACCCACCUGUUUUUGUGCCAGUGCCUGCAGCUAGAGUCAUUGAGUCGAGCCCAGCUGGCACUCUGGUGGCCCAGCUGAACGCAACAGAUGCUGACAAGAUCAACACGCUCCACUCAAAGAUUGCCUACACAGCAUUAUAAAGCAAGAGCCCAUAGACAGCUCCAACCAUUUCUACAUAGAAAGAGGCACAGGAUUAAUCUAUGUCACAGAUGCAACCUUAGACAGAGAGGUAGGCCUAACUUUCUCAAACUUUUCAAAGGUUCUAUAAAGUCAGAAGGCCUUUUUCUAACUUAUUUCAUGAGGCAUCUCCAUAAACUGAAUGUUAGGGCAGGAAAAAGUGGGAGGGUUGGCACGGUAGCAAGGGUAGAGCCAGCUUACUGUGGUUUACCGUAGGGCAAAGCUAAUGAAUAAAAAACAUUGCCAGCUAACGCCGGUGCAGGCAAUUUGCGGUUAAUACAUAAUCUAUCUAUAAUGUGCGUCCCUAGGCUGUUUUAUUCAGGGCUAAAGCCCCGGAUAUUAUUUAAUUAGACCCGAAUAUAAUAAAAAAAGAAGAAAAAAUAAAGAAUGGUAUAUUUACUGGUAACUAUGGAAUGCAUUAAUUCAAUUCAGUCUAGAAGUCAUGAAAUGAUUCUAGUCACUGAUGGUAGUUAGUUAUUUUGAAAGAAACAUUGGGAUUCCAGGGACAUCUCAAAAUAAAGUAGCCUAGUCCUUCUGGCAAGAGAAUAAACUGCUUAAAAACAUAACCAGACUCAAGGCAAGGCCAGGCAACUUUAUUUAUGUAGCACUUUUCAUACACAAGGCAGACUCAAAGUGCCUCAAGUAAAUUAACCUAUCCUA